AAGUGAAUGUUAUAGGAAUGGGGAUUGGCGCCAUUUUUCGACGAGCAUUCUCCUUCUCGUGCUUCGAUGCUCACGUUUUCCAUGGGAAAUGCUACAGAAGUUUCUCAGUUGCUACUGAGCUCCGGAAUCGCGAAGUUCUGAUAUGUGAUCAUUUAUGGAAUCGAAGACUCGACGAGGCUCGAGAGAUUUUCAAUCAGGUUCCAUCUCCUCACGUGAGUCUUUACACAAAGAUGAUUUCGGGGUACACGAGGAACUACAGAUUGGUGGAUGCGUUGAAUCUGUUCGACGAAAUGCCUGUGAGAGAUGUUGUCUCAUGGAAUUCGAUGAUCAGUGGGUGUGUGGAGUGUGGGGAUAUGGUUACUGCAGUGAAGCUGUUCGAUGAAAUGCCUGAGAGAAGUGUGGUUACAUGGACAGCGAUGGUGAAUGGUUGUUUUAAGUCGGGUAAGGUUGAUCAAGCGGAGAGAUUGUUUUAUCAAAUGCCUGUGAAAGAUAUUGCUGCGUGGAACGCGAUGGUUCAUGGGUAUUUACAGUUUGGUAAAGUAGACGGUGCCUUGAAGUUGUUUAGAGAGAUGCCUCGGAAGAAUGUGAUAUCGUGGACGACAAUGAUCUGUGGGUUAGACCAGAAUGAGAGGAGUGGAGAAGCUCUCGUUUUGUUCAAGAACAUGUUGGAUUGUUGCAUAAAAUCGACUUCAAGAACAUUCACUUGUGUAGUCACAGCCUGUGCAAAUGCUCCCGCGUUUCAUAUGGGUACACAAGUUCAUGGAUUCAUCAUCAAGUCGGGGUAUUUAUAUGAGGAAUAUGUAUCUGCUUCGCUCAUAACAUUUUAUGCAAACUGCAAAAGAACAGAGGAUUCUCGGAAGGUGUUUGACGAGAAGGUUCAUGAACAAGUUGCUGUGUGGACUGCUCUAUUGUCAGGGUAUAGUCUUAACAAAAAGCAUGAAGAUGCGUUAAGUAUUUUCUCCGAGAUGUUAAGAAACGGUAUAUUACCAAAUCAAUCAACAUUUGCUAGCGGAUUAAACUCUUGCUCUGCUUUGGGAUCAUUGGAUUGGGGUAAGGAGAUGCAUGGCGUUGCAGUGAAACUUGGUCUAGGAACUGAUGCCUUUGUGGGUAAUUCUCUUGUUGUCGUGUACAGUGAAUGUGGAAGUGCAAACGAUGCUGUUUCUGUGUUCACAGAAAUCUUGAUGAAGAGCAUUGUGUCGUGGAAUUCCAUAAUUGUUGGCUGCGCGCAGCACGGGCGUGGAAAGUGGGCGUUUGUCAUAUUUGGUCAAAUGAUUCGGUUAAACAUAGAUCCAGAUGAGAUCACUUUCACUGGCUUGCUCUCUGCUUGUAGCCAUUGCGGCUUUUUACAGAAAGGAAGAAAAUUGUUUGAUUACAUGUCAAGCAGACCACAUCAUAUCGGUAGAAAGAUUCAACACUACACUUGCAUGGUAGAUAUCUUGGGAAGAUGCGGGGAAUUGCAAGAAGCAGAGGAGCUUAUUGAAAGCAUGCUUGUGGAACCUAAUGAAAUGGUUUGGUUGGCUUUACUUAGUGCUUGUAGGAUGCACUCCGAUGUAGACAGAGCCGAAAAGGCUGCUGCUGCCAUUUUUAAGCUGGACUCUAAAUCAAGUGCUGUUUAUGUCUUGUUGUCAAACAUAUAUGCUUCUGCUGGUAGAUGGUCGAAUGUAUCGAAAUUGAGGGUUAAGAUGAAGCAGAAGGGGAUCAUGAAGAAACCUGGGAGCAGUUGGGUUGUGCUUAGAGGGAAAAAGCACGAGUUUUUCUCUGGUGAUCGACCACAUUGCUUGAGAGCAUAUGAGAAGUUAGAGUUUCUGAGAGACAAGUUGAAGGAACUUGGCUAUGUUCCUGAUUAUAGAUCUGCUUUACAUGAUGUGGAAGACGAACAGAAAGAAGAGAUGUUGUGGAAUCACAGUGAGAGGCUUGCUAUUGCGUUUGGGUUGGUUAAUACAGUUGAAGGAAGUACAGUCACAGUUAUGAAGAAUCUUCGGGUUUGUGAAGAUUGUCACACAGCGAUUAAACUGAUCUCAAAAGUUGUGGGACGUCAGAUUGUUUUAAGAGAUUCGACUCGGUUUCAUCAUUUUAAGAAUGGGACGUGUUCUUGUGGGGAUUAUUGUGUGGUUGUGAGUUGUGCGGUGGUGAUUAAGUCAAGAUCCAAUCCAAAGAGAUGGGGUAGACGACUCUUGGAGGACUGUUCAACAGCUGAGAACCGACUUGGUAGUCCAACCACUCUUCCACAUGUUUGUGAAACCGACGAAGACAAUAUUGUUAACGAGACUGAACACGGUGAAGUGCGUAGACGCUGUUUAGUAGAGACAGAAAGAAGCAGGAAGCGAAUGCGGAUUCAGGGAAGGACCAUUCAAGAAACUAUUCAUUGCCCUGCCUCCAACCGGGGAGGAACACAGGAUAUUCUGACACCAACCAAACAGUUUCUGGCUUUACAACUGCUCAGAGCCAAGACUAAGCUAAGCAAAGCAUGUUCUUCGAUUCUAUCUCGAGUCAUCUCAAACCGAGAUAAGCAUGGAAACUUCCGUCAAGUUGCAUCAGCAAAAUCUGAGAAACUCUGCUUCAGCGGAGAAGACGUCCGUGUAACUUUCCUCAGCCACCUUCUCAAGGAGCUUGACCGGAAAUUGAUCAUUGCUUUCAAAGACAAUGAGAUCAAGAGAAGUCGAUCGCUCGAUCCUGAGCUUAAACUGGGGAUUAAGGAUUCUAGGGUUGCAGUGGUUGUGUUCUCUAAAAACUACGCUUCUUCAAGCUGGUGCCUUAACGAGUUGUUGGAGAUCGUAAAAUGCAAGGAAGAGUUUGGCCAAAUCGUGAUACCGGUUUUCUAUGGUUUGGAUCCUUCCCAUGUGAGGAAACAAACCGGUGACUUUGGAAAUAUCUUUGAAGAGACGUGCAAGAACAAAACAGAGGAAGUGAAAACUCGAUGGAGGAGAGCUCUGACUGAUGUAGCUAAUAUCCUCGGAUAUCAUUCUGUGAAAUGGGGUAAUGAAGCUACAAUGAUUGAAGCAAUUGCCAACGAUGUUUUGGGCAAACUGCUUUUAACUCUGUCAAAUGAUUUUGAGAAUUUUGUUGGCAUUGAAGAUCAUAUCGCUCAAAUGAGUGUAUUGUUGAAUCUGGAGUCGGAGCAAGUGAGGAUGGUUGGUAUAUGGGGUUCCUCGGGGAUUGGUAAGACUACCAUUGCAAGAGUUCUGUUUAAUCGACUCUCUCGACACUUCCAAGGUAGCGUUUACAUAGACCGGCGUUUCAUAUCUAAAAGUAUGGAAGUUUAUAGCAAAUGCAACCCCGAUGACUAUAACAUGAAGUUGCACUUGCAAGAAAAUUUCCUCUCUAAAAUAUUAGAUAAACAAGUCAUAGAGGUGGAUCACUUAGGUGUAGUGAGGGAGAAGCUAAAGGACAUGAAAGUUCUUAUCUUCAUUGAUGAUUUGGAUGACCAAGUUGUGUUAGAUACUUUAGUGGGUGGAGAUGAAUGGUUUGGUCCUGGGAGCAGAAUCAUUGUUAUUACAAAAGAUAGGCAGAUGCUAAGGGGCCGUGGGAUUACAUGUAUUUACGAGGUUGAUAUCCCAUCUGAAAAGGUAGCUCUUCAGAUAUUCUGUCGAUCUGCUUUCAGGCAAAAUUCGCCGCCUAAUGGUUUCAUGGAGCUAGCUUCUGAAGUUGCUAUGCGCGUAGGUGGUCUUCCUUUGGGUCUUAACCUUCUAGGUUCGUCUUUGCGUGGAAGGAAAAAGAAGUAUUGGGUAGAUAUGUUGCCCACUCUUCAGAAAGGUCUAGACGGGAAAAUUGAGAAAGCAUUAAGAGUCAGCUACGAAGGAUUAGAAAGAAAAGAACAUAAAGAACUAUUUCGUCACAUCGCCUGUUUUUUUAAUGGUGAUGAAGUCAAUCAUAUCAACUUGAUUCUUGCAGAUAGUGGGUUAAAUGUUGAUAUAGGUCUUGAAAUACUAGUUGAUAAGUCCCUCAUACGUAAAAUACCAUCAUUUGGUACGAAAGUUGUCGAGAUGCACUGUCUAGUAGAAGAGAUGGGAAAAGAAAUCGUCCGUUCACAAUCGAACGAGCCUGGACAACGAGAAUUCCUGAUGGAUUCGAAGGAGAUCUACGAUGUACUUAAAAAUAACACCGGUACUAAAAAGCUUAUAGGUAUAUCAUUGGAUAUAGAUGAGAUUGAUGAGUUGCGGAUACAUAAGGAAGCCUUUAAAGGGAUGCGCAAUCUCCGUUUUUUAAAUUUUUACACUAAUAAAUGGGACCGGAAGAAAGAAGUUAGAUGGCACUUACCGGAAGGAUUCGACUAUUUGCCUCCUAAACUAAGGUUGCUUAGAUUGGACGGAUACCAAAUGAGAUGUAUGCCUUCUAGCUUUCGUCCUGAAAAUCUUGUUAAGCUCCAAAUGCAAGGGAGCAAACUCGAUAAGCUAUGGGAAGGAGUUCAAUCACUUGCAGGGCUCAGGAAUAUGGAUUUGUUUGGAUCUGAAAAUCUAAAAGAAAUCCCAGAUCUUUCUAAGGCCACAAACCUCAAGAAACUUGUUCUAAGCUAUUGCUCGAGUUUAGUGGAGCUUCCUUCCUCUAUUCAGUAUCUGAAUAAAUUGGAGCAAUUGCACAUGCUAUUCUGUGAAAAUCUUGAGACACUUCCCACUGGAAUCAACCUUCAAUGCCUCGAUCAGCUCAAUCUCAGGGGAUGCUCGUGGUUGAAGAGUUUUCCUGCUAUCUCAACCAACAUCUCAGAGCUCGAUGUAAGAAAAACGGCGAUUGAAGACUUUCCCUCUAAGUUACGACUAGAGAAUCUCAUUGGUCUUGACAUGAAUGGAUUGAAGACUAGGAAAACGUGGAAAGCAGUGGAGAAACUUGGAAACUAG